CCCCCUGUCGCCUCGUUCCCCAUCUUCUGUCGCAUACUCAACCUCCCCCCAGAAUGAGUGGUUGAUUGAUCGCGCCUUGCCAGCUGUCGCAGCUCUAUCGCUGCACCUCAAAAACCCCCCCAUCGCCGCAAAUAAACCGAUUUGGCGUCUCCCUUUUUUUAUCCCUCAUUUUGUUCGUUGGUCCGACGAACGCUGGGGCCAUGUCUGGGUCAUCAAGCACGGACAAGGCGGGAGGAGGUGCCGCGGACGGCAACGGAGGCGGUGAGGGGAGCAGCUCCAACACUGGCGGCCGACGACGUGCUGUCCUUGAGACCCUGGACGACGUCAUGAGGGAGCCAUCCACGACGUUGCCCGAUGUCGUCGUUUUGGACUCAAUCCCUGAUGGGCUCGAGCGCAGGGAGGUGCUCGAUCCAAGGGAAGAUCUGUGGCUUUCAACCUCGGACGGACGCUACAGCUCUCCCAUCAUCCCACUUCGGGUAGGAGCGCCACCGCAUAUUGAGACUUUCUAUGUACAUAAACACAUCUUGACCAAAUCUGAGUAUUUCAAGAAGGCUCUAUGUGGAGAGUUCCGGGAAUCGGCGACGCAGUCCAUCGACCUCCCCGAGGAGAAUCCCUCCAUCUUCCACUUCCUGGUCGCGUACCUCUAUGAAGGCCGCUACGACCCUAUCAAGCCCGCCUCCAGUGCGCUAUCCGCUGACGUCGACAAGGGCAAGGGAAAAGACCCUGCCGCCUCGACCGACGCCUCCUCGGGCAGCUCUGACAGCGAGGGCUCUCCGGACUCGGACAUCAGCGCUGCGUCGCGGCGGCGGCGGGCGCGGCGGCGGCGGCGCGAGGACCGCCACUGGGAACACAUGCGGCAGAAGCACCCGGGCAUGCACCGGCCCAACUGCGGCUGCCCGACGUGCAUGACGGCGUCGGGCCCUCCGUGCUGGGCGUGCGCCGCCCCGCGCGCCCCGCCCCCGCAGCCAAUCACCUUCCACCCGCCCGUCGUCAUGCUAGCCAACGGCGGCGUCCACCCGCGCCACCACCACCACCACCACCACCACCAGCAGCACCGGGGUCCGCCAAUGCCGCACCCGCACCCGCGCAACCACCGCGACCGCGUGGCCGCGCGCCCGCCGAGGAGGAGGUACUAUCCCGGAUCGCCGCCGCGGGCGCGCACGCCGCCGACGCCGACGGCGGGGGGCGGGACCGGGACCGGGUGGGACCCGGCGGAUCCGAACGGCGGGGGCCGGAUCCGGGGCGAGGACCUGCGGACGUGGCUGCUGGCGUACGAGCUCAACAUCGACGUGUACGUUCUGGCCAACAAGUUCCUGCUGGAGGGGUUCAAGCGCGAGAUCGCGCGCGCGGCCAUCGACAUGCUCGAGACGGCGGGCAGCGACGCGGCGGUGCCCGAGGUGCUGUGCCUGUGCGGCAAGCUGUACUCGGGGCUCGCCGAGUCGGACCCCUUGCUCCGCAUGGUGUUUGCGCGCGUCGGCUUCCUGCAGCCCCUGCUGUGGCGCCGGGCGCCCGACGACACCAACGGGUUCCUUGUCGCGAACCCCGAGAUCGCGGCGCUGGUCCUGCGGGAGACGGUCGCAAGGCGGGAGGAGGACAUCAGCGGGAGGUUCUUGCCUAGCAUGGAGAGGCUGUGGCUCCCGCUGCCGCCGCCGCCGCCGCCCGACCCGAGGUUCCCGUAUCAGCAGCACUGGCUGAGGGCGGGGCCGAGGUGGUAGGUAGAUGCUCGCGAGUGGUUGGGUGCGCAACGUGGUUUUUGGGUUGGGGAGUAGUGAGGGGCAAGGGCUGGGUAUUGGCCAUCUCUCGGUCUCUUGUUUGGAUAGGCUCGGGUUUGUUUUUUCUAGGAUAUCAUCGGCUGAGGACAUUGUGUGGGAAUGAUUAUUGUCACUGGGUGUUCCCGUUUUGCUUUCGUUUGGAAUUUUUUUUUUCUUUCUGUCGUCCCCCUGUUCUUGCAUUUCGGAUAUUUCAAUCAUUGGGAAGCAGCUGAUUGAUACCAGCGAAUAGGGUCCGGAGGUUUGUGUUCUUAUCUACUGUAAUGAGAGGCAUUGGUCAUCUAAUGUAGCGAAACCUGAUUGUCCGCCUUCCUGGUGUAUUCGUGAGUCCCUUUGCCCAUUAUCACGGGAUUAUGGGCACCUGCGUCGAUGAGUUUCAACUGUUUAGCAUUAUCAGUCGCAACGGAAGAGGCAGGGCCAACGAGUUUGUC